AUGGUCUACUGCGGCCCGCCCUCGAAGGGCUGCAGCAGCUGUCGAGACCGGAAGAUCCGUUGUGACCUGAAGGAGUCUAGCUGCGGCCAAUGCGAGAAGCGACAACAGACAUGUCCUGGCUACAGGAACAUGGUCGAUCUCAUGUUCCGCGAUGAAAGCUCCCAUGUCAUCAAAAAGGCACAGGCAAAACAACAGCGCCGGCGAACUGCAGCGGCAGCGACCACAGACUCGGGCCGCUCUCCAGGGGGAGAGUCUGCAGCGUCUGCUUCUUCUUCGUCUUCGACAGCGAAAAGUGCCGCCACACCGGCUACCCCCACCGUCCAACCGAUGCCCCUUGCACUCUUGACCAGAGGUGCGCAGCUCAACAACGCCACGAGCGUUCAGCACAGAGACGGGAGCAGGACUACGUCCAGGAGCCGGGGUGCGAUCAAGGGCAGCCCAUCGUCCACAACUUCCAAGACUCGGUCGCCAGUGCGAGACUACAGUCCGCUUUCCGAGUCACACACUUCUGACUGGCCAGUUGCUCCGCCCAUCACGCGAAUAUGCAGCCUCGCACCGUCGUUCCGAGAGCGAGGCACGGCCUACUUCUUCUCCCGUUACGUCACCAUCGAUGAGAACGCGUUGCACCAGCGAUUCGAUUUCAUCUACGACAUCUGGAAGCCUGGCCCAGCCACGUGUGACAGCCAGAUGGAUGCCGUGAUGGCCAGCAUGGCGGCGGUCGGCCUCGGUGGCCUCUCCCAACUGACGCACUCCAAGGAGAUAUUCUCUAGCGCACGUGAGAGCUACGGGACGGCUCUACGCCUGGUCAAUGCGGCUCUGAAAGACCCGGAGGAGGCGGUGAAGGACACCACCAUGCUCUGCGUCUUAAUACUGGGUGUCUUCGAGAUGAUGGCCGGCCCCGGAAAGAUCACCAUGAAGGCCUGGUACGAACACAUCAACGGUGCGGUUGUGCUGGCCAAACUUCGCGGCACCAGCCAGCUUCGCACAAAUGCAGGUAUCCGCAUGUUCAACAUGUUGUGCCAAAGCGUGAUGAUAGCGAGCAUGCAGAAGCGUGCCCCAAUGCCUCCAGAGCUUAUCUCUUUCCAGUCCGAACUGCUCUCUGGCUCCGGGACGGAGGCCGUGUCUCGGGGCUUUAGCCGGAUAGCGCUGUCGAAGCCAAUUUUCAUGAUGCUGCAGAUGCGCCACGAUGUGCAUGAAAACCUUAUCAACGGGCUGGACGGCAUGCUAGGACGCCUUGAGGCGAUUGACAGCGAGUUUACGUGUACAGUGGGCAGCUUCCCGGCUGUCAACCGGUUCAAAGUGCUGCAUGUGACGCGGCCACAUCGAGCUGUCUUCCGCAACCACUGCCACGUUUACCGAAGCACGGCGGUAUCAUCGAUCUGGAACCUGCUGCGCGUGGUGCAUAUACUGGAGCUGGAGUUUGUCUUGACGACGAUACAGCGAAGCUUUCCGGAUGUGGGCGAAGCCGGCGAAGGGGUUCCUGCGCACUACUUGCGUCGGUACUGCAAGGCGUGGACGGAUCUGCAGUCGGUCACGGAUGCGAUUGUGGCCAGCGUGCCGCAGCAUUUCGGACUGCUGAAUCUGACCAGCCCGUACUUUGACACGCUGAAGCCGAUGGAAGCGAGCCUGAGCCUGUCGGACAGCGUGACGCUCUUGACAACGGUGGUGAAGCGGCCACCAAACAGAGUGGUGCCAUCGCCGCCGUCUUCGGCAAGCUCUGCAUCUGCCACGCCACCUUUGCCGCCGGACGACUGGGCCGAGAGCGACGAAUACCAGCCAACCGAUCUGAACGAGCUAUUCUUCGACGAUGGCGGGCCAACGCUAGAGAACCCGACGCGAGCGCGGAGCGACGGCGAGGAGGCAGCACGGCUGAUGCUACUAGCCUCGUCGACAAAUGGGCUGGUGUGGCCUCUAUUUUGUGUGGGCACCAGCUCUGUCUGCACGCCGCUUCUGAAGGCGUACGUGGUGGAGCGGCUAAACGCCAUCUACGACGAGACUGGCCUUAAGCAGGCCAGCACGCUUGCGUCGAUUGUACGCAACCGGGAGCUGAUCAAGUCGCCGUGGCUGAGGCUGCCGACAAGAUUAAUCAGCACUUUGUCGAUGGAGGUGGCGGUCUGA